CACUGAUGAUGUGUACUGAUAGGCGGCACUGCUGGGCACUGACUGGUGGCACAGACUGGUGACACUGCUGGGCUGCACUGAUGGGCACUGGUGGGCACUGCUGGGCACAGGUGGGUGGCAAUGCUGGGCACAGGUGGGUGGAACUGGUGGGUGGCAAUGCUGGGCACAGCUGGGCACCGAUCAUCAGUGCCCUGAUGAUCGGUGCCGAUCCCUGAUCUGACAACUGCCGUUUCUUGGCAGUACUUUCCUCACGCUCUGACAGCGUGAGGAAAGUGCAGACGAGAACUGGCAAUUGCAU